AUGGAACGGAACGAGAUACCUUUCCUCAGCGCGUCGGACCUGGCCCGGCUCAUCGAAUCACGGCAGGUGUCGCCGGUGGAGGCGACCGAGGCCUACCUGGACCGCAUCGAUUCAGUGGACGGCCAGCUCAACUCCUACAUUGCAGUCCUCAAAGACCACGCCCGGGAAUCGGCCAAGCAGGCGGAGGCGGAGAUCGCGUCUGGCAACUAUCGCGGGCCGCUGCACGGCCUGCCGGUGGCGGUGAAAGACCAGUUCUACACCGCGGGGAUGGUGACGACGGGCGGUUCGUCGAUACUGCGCGACUUCGUGCCGGACGAGGACAGCACGGUGAUGGCCAGGCUGAAGGAUGCCGGAGCGGUGCUGCUGGGCAAGCUCAACAUGAGCGAGUUCGCCAUGGCCGACAUCUACAACCACCCGUACGGCACGCCGCGCAAUCCCUGGGACACCACGCGCAACCCCGGCACUUCCAGCAGCGGGUCCGGAGCGGCAACCGCGGCGUUCCUGUGCGCCACCUCGCUGGGCGAGGACACCGGUGGUUCCAUCCGCAGCCCAGCCAACUUUAGCGGUCUGGUGGGGUUGCGCCCGACGUAUGGACGGGGUGAGCCGCCAUGGAGUAAUGGGCGGCUCGUGGUCGAUGGACACCGUAGGCCCCAUCUCGCGGUCCGUAGAGGACGCUGCAAUCACGUUCCAGGCCAUCGCGGGCCACGACCCGAAGGACCAGUACACCUGGGACGUUCCGGUGCCCGACUACCGGGCAGCACUGACCGGCGAUAUCAGCGGGCUGCGGGUGGGUAUGCUUGCGGAGCGGAUGGACGCGCCCAACCUAGACCCUGA